AUGACGCAGCAGCAGAUCCGCUUCCUCGUUCUUUCCGAUACGCACGACGAUGCAUUUCCAGUCCCGGCGUCCCUGCCUGCCGUCGACGUAGUUAUCCACUGCGGUGACCUCACCAUGAUCGGUGGCCUAUCCAAUUACCGCCGCGCCCUCAACUCUCUUGCAGCCUGCCCAGCUGAGAUUAAACUUGUUAUUCCUGGCAACCACGAUGUAUCCCUGGAUGCCGAGUGGUGGGAUGAAAAUAUGGAUAGCGAUGAUGAUGAGGACGAACCAGUACAUGCCCGGGCGUUAUUUACCUUGGACGAGUAUACCCGCUGUGGCGUACGCUUCCUGGAUGAGGGUACUCACGAGAUUGCUCUCCAUAAUGGGCGCAGCUUUAAAGUCUAUGCGUCGCAGUAUACGCCGGCCUUUGCUGGCUAUGCCUUUGGGUAUAGCCCAGAGGAGGACCGGUUCAAUGGGACAGGGAGGAGGAUCCCAGAUGAUCAAGGUAUCGAUAUUAUAGUGACGCAUGGGCCGCCCCGGCCUCCAUUUCCAGCAUCAAAUAAUUACCGACUCGAUCUCGGUGGGAAACGUGAAAACGGCAAACAGCAACAUCUUGGAUGUCCACGACUGUGGGAAGCAAUCACGAGGGUUAAGCCCAAGAUGCACUGCUUUGGACAUAUACACGAAGGACACGGCGUGCAGAUGGCAACGUUUCAUUCAACAAGAACAACUAUUACCGACGUUGAAGCUGUCGAGAGAGAAGGUGUGCUAAAUAUCGGGACUGUCGCGCCGGCAGCGGCUAACGGAGAGGGAAUGACUCUGCUAGUAAACGCAGCUAUUUUGAGAUAUGGAGAGGAGGGAAAUAAUAAGCCCUGGGUAGUGAAUAUGGUAUUUUAA